AUAGGUGGUGCCUGGCAGUGGAACAAGAGGACGCAAUAGGCGAACGUUUUCUACGGAACAGACGUUCUCGACAUCUUUCACGUCCUAACGGCUUUGUAUCUCUUUUGCAGGCAGCUCGGCUAUGACGCAUCCACUAGCAGACUUCCCGUGGUACCACGGAAGAAUCGACCGCGGGACCACAGAAAGCAUUCUGAGAGGCAGACGUCCGGGCCUUUUUCUUGUCCGGGACUCGACUUCGUGUCCUGGUGAUUUCGUGCUGUCUGUGAGUGAGAGUGGAAAGGUUAGUCACUACAUAAUCAACAGACGAGGUGGAAUCUACAUCAUAGGAGACCAGACAUUUGAUACAUUACCAGGAGUGAUCGACUUCUAUAGGAGACAUUUUCUGGACACGACAACAUUGAUUGAAAUAGCUACUAGACAAGGUCCAGUUUCGGGGGUUGCAGUACCUGUUGUUGGCAUUGCAGGCCCGACAGCAACCAGUAACCCUUUAUCCAAUCCAAUUGACCACCCAUCUUCUCAGCCAUCUGUUAUGUUUUCACAACCUGGUAUGAUGCCUUCACAAGCUUACACGAGAUCUCCGAUGCAUCCGAUGGGUCAGCCUCCCAUGCAACAGCCGCAGGUACAUGCACCGUUUAUGCAACCUGUGGCUCCCUCCAUGGGUGGGCAGAUGCCAUUGCAACCACCUCAGCAGGCAGGUCCUGUGUUGCAAGAGCAGGCAUUAGAGAUGGUUGAAGGAUUAUACAAGUUUGAGUCUGGGGAUGCAGAAGACUUGCCAUUUCAGAAAGGAGACAUUAUGUAUAUAUUGAGGAAGGAAGAGGAUGGAUGGUGGUUUGCUAGACACAGCGAUGGGAGGGAAGGUCUCAUUCCUGUACCGUACAUUAAAUUAGUAGAGAAAGUUCCAACGAGAACAGAAUCAGUCAUGCAUCACCACGGACGACCUCACAGCCAGCACUCCAGAUCACCACCGUUUUCUGGUAUUACCAGUCCACCUGUUCGAGCUAAAGCAAUAAUGGACAGAGUGGCUAAUGCAUAUGACAAUACAGCAUUGUCGUUCAAGUUGGGAGAUGUGAUUUUGGUGACGAAACAGAAUGAAAAUGGCCUAUGGGAAGGUGAACUGAAUGGCAGGAGUGGCCAUUUUCCCUUCACACAUGUUGAAGUAAUAGAAGCUGAUAGAGGUGGCGAACACAGCUAACCAUCUAGCAUAUAUGUCACAUUUUUCAAAUUCUUUUGCAUGAUCUCCCUGGUAGCUAAUUAGCUAGUUUCAGGUGUGUUUCGGCGGGGAUGGAUGGUUUAUUGGCUCGGGCUUAUUUGCAGAGCUGAAGGCAGUGUAUGUUGUUUGUGUCCUACCUCAGUACUGACGCGCGCUAUGGAGGAGUGUAGGGCGUCUUUAUUGGAAUGUACAGUUUCUGAGAAACAUGUCUGCUCUAUUGUGUUGUGUUGGA